UCCACUCCCCAAAAUCUAAAAACCAUCCCUCCAACUCCCUCCCUCAACUUCCCCUCCUCUCUCUCUCUACAAUUCUGCAAGAAAAAAAAAUCCAGAAAACUUUUGUUUAGAGAGAGAAAGCAAAAAUGUCUCUCACAAUACCCAUAAACCUCUCCAAACCCAUCACAACCAAACCCAGGCUCAGCUCUCAAUUCACCUCCACCAAAUCAAGACCGUUGAUCACAUGCUCAGCCAACUCAGACCCAUCAUCAUCAUCAUCCGGUGCAUCGCCACUCCAGGGGUUCUCCGCUGCGCUCGCACUCUCCUCCAUCCUCCUUUCGGCCCCACUCCCCGCGUCAGCCGACAUCUCCGGCCUCACGCCAUGCAAGGAAUCCAAACAGUUCGCCAAGCGCGAGAAGCAGCAGCUGAAGAAGCUGGAAUCGUCGCUGAAGCUGUACGCGCCUGAUAGUGCGCCGGCACUGGCGAUCAAAGCCACGAUGGAGAAGACGAAGCGGAGGUUUGACAAUUACGGGAAGCAGGGGCUGCUGUGCGGAUCGGACGGCCUGCCUCACUUGAUCGUGAGUGGGGACCAGAGGCACUGGGGCGAGUUCAUUACGCCCGGGAUAUUGUUCCUGUACAUCGCGGGUUGGAUCGGGUGGGUGGGUCGGAGCUACCUGAUUGCGAUCCGGGAGGAAAAGAAGCCCACCAUGAAGGAGAUCAUCAUUGACGUGCCACUGGCGUUGAGUAUCGUCUUCAGGGGUUUCAUCUGGCCUGUUGCUGCCUACAGAGAUUUGGUGAAUGGGGAGCUUAUUGACAAAACUGUCUAAAUUCAUCAGCUCAGGUACAGUGGUGGGGUUGAAGCAGUAAAGAGACUAAUGUGGAGGUAUUAAAUUGGGAGUUCAUUCGAUGUAUUUAAAUGUGUAAACUUUUGGUUAUUUGUAUGUAAUGCGUUCGUUUUGGACACUUAAAUUCAUCUGCUUAAUUUUCAAUUUGAACUGUACUUUUGAGCCA